GGCGUGAGGUGCUCGUACCAAAGUGCUCUUCAUUGUUUUCUGACUCUCUCAAACAAAAAAAGACAUUGACCAGUAGCAUCGCUUUCGCACGCAACACGAAGAUACGAUUUUCGGUGUGCUUCUCUCCAUUCCUUUCUUUAAUAUGUUUUGCUGUUCUUCUUCGCUCUUUUGCUGAGCGCAAUGCGAUUGUUGCACUCCAUGCUCCGCGUCGGCGAUUUAGACCGGAGCGUUAAGUUCUACACGGAGUGCCUGAAGAUGAAGGAGAUGCGCCGGCGCGAGUGUCCGGAGGAGAAGUACACCGUCGUCUUCCUCGGCUACGACAAGAGCGAGGAGGAGGGGCCGACGAUUGAACUGACUUACAAUUACGAUGUGACGUCUUACACCCACGGUGAGGCUUUUGGCCACAUCGCGAUUGGCGUGGAGGACGUGAAGGAGCUCGUGGCGGAGUUGCGCGCGAAGAAUGUGACCAUUGACUACGAAAAGAAAGACGGGUACAUGGCUUUUAUAGUGGACCCGGAUGGCUACUACAUUGAGCUGCUCAAUGAGAAAAUGGUAGUGGAGAGGGCGAGGAAGGCAAUGCAGGAGAGAGGAAAAUUGUGA